AUGUUUUUUUUUAUUAUUUUAACAGUUAUUAAUGUUGAAGGAAGAUAUCUCUAUGAUAUUAUUGAUGCACAAGACAAUGUACUUAAUUCUAGAAAUGAGGAGAAAUCAUACAAGUACUUUAAAUAUGUUAGUAAUGAAUAUCAAACUGAAUAUUAUCCUCUUAAUAGUUGUAUUGGUUUUACUGAUUAUGCUGCUUAUUUCUUUUAUAACAACAAUACACAUAUGAAUUUCACUUCUUAUGCUACUAUGGAAAACUGUAAAAAUGCAAUUAAUCCAAUUGAAAACCGUACUCUUCAAAUUAACUAUUCUACUGUUGAUGAAAUCAGAGACUCUUAUUUUCUUAUUUAUCUCUAUUAUGAUCAAGGAUGUAAAAACUUACAAUAUAUUCUUAAUAAAAAGAAAUUCUGUUUUCCUCUGAAUGGAAGAUGGUGGAAUUUUACAAUAGUAAAGAAUACAAUCCAAGGUAGGGAAUACUCUGACUCAUCUUGUUUAGACCUUGUUAGUAAUUUCACUACCGACUUAAAUGUUUGUUUAACAUAUCCUCAGAAUGUAUUUUAUAUUGAUCCUUCAAAAAAUGAAUUACCAGGAUUAAAUUUAGAUUAUGACUAUAACUAUAACCAUGUUGAGAAUAAAGCUCAAAUAAUACUUGGUUAUUUAACUAUCAUGUUAUGUAUCUUCAGUCUCAUAUAA